AUGGACUUUAGUCAUCAAGAGAUCGCCCAGAUGCUAGUAGAGCACGGUGCGGACCCCAACGGCACUGAUGAGGAGGGGGAACAUAUUUUAUUUUCCGCGAUACGAGACGACGACGAAAAGAUGAUUGAAUUGUUAAUAGAGAAACAAGCAAACUUGGAGGUUAAGAAUAGAUCUGGCGAAACACCAUUAUCGAAUGCAAUGGCGAAUGGGAGCAAAGAUAUAGUCAAACUACUCUUGAAGUGUGGAGCAGACCCAAAUGUUAUAGAUCAGGACGACGAGCCGAUAUUAUUUUCUGCGAUAUCCGACGAAGACGAAGAAAUCGUCGUAUUGCUAAUAGAGGAAAAAGCGAACUUGGAGGCUAAGAAAAAGUCCGGUGAAACACCACUAUCGUAUGCAAUGGCGAAUAGGGUUGAAGAGAGUAUCGUCAAACUGCUCUUGGAGGGCGGAGCAGAUCCGAAUGCUAAAGAUAAGAACGGCGAGCCAAUAUUGUUUGCCGCGAUAUCAAACGACGACGAAGAAAUCAUCGGAUUGCUAAUAAAGAAAAAAGCAAACUUGGAGGCUAAGAACAAUUCCGGCGAAACACCACUAUCGUAUGCAAUAGCGAAUCAGAAAGAAGAUAUCGUCAAAUUGCUCUUGAAGUGCAAAGCAGACCCGAACGCUAACGAUGAGAAUGGCGAGCCAAUGUUGUUUGCCGCGAUAUCAAACGAUGACGAAGAAAUCACCAGCUUGCUACUGAAGAAAGGGGCAAGUCCAAAUUCUAGUAACAGCUCGGGCCAAACACUAUUAUUUUACGCAAUAGAGAAUGGGAACGAAAGUGCCGUCAAACUGCUGCUGGAGAACGGAGCAGACCCGGAAGUAACGAACGAUGCGCACCAAACAGCAUUAGCAUACGCGGAAGAACAGGAAGACGAAAGCAUCAUCAGUUUGCUGAGAGAAAAGUGGAAUCAUUUAUAA